UUGGAGAGACAAAGGAAGUGUAGCUUAAUCUUGUUAUGACUCCCUCGAACAGUAAUAACACUGGUAUAAACUAAUGGAGGGCACGUGUCUCAAAGUUAAAGUUAAAAAAAUACUAUAUCGACUCGCCAUAUAAUAAAACACGCGUGGAUAGUCGACUUCGGACGUAUCUCUGUCAUGUCGGCUAAAAGCGGUACAUGAGCCAUUAUUCAUCCGUUCUGGUACUCAGCUAAAGAGCUUUCCUGUGCGUAAUCCCCGGAUGAAGCUGUCAUGGCUGCCAUUCGCUGAGCUGUCAAGUCUACAAAAGAAAAAACCAAACGAAGUCUCGAAUUAUACAUCGACGUAGUCCAAUUGUAUCGGAGCUUUACUCUGCGGGGCCUGAAUUGACAUGGAUCCAGCACAUGCUGAAGUAGAUGUCCCUGCUGGAGGUAAUAUUAAAGUUCUCGAUGAUGAGGACAAAAAUUGGCACAAACGACUCCGUCUCAGGAAAGCUGCUGUUCAGCCCCCAACUAUGCAAAGAGAAGAUAAGCAUGGGCCGAAGAAGAUAGAGGACAAGGAGAAAAGCACAGAGCAGAGGUAUUUGAAGAAGAUACCCCUUAAAACACAAAAGAGUCAACAUGUGACAAAGGUUUAUGGAAAUAUACUUAGGUUUAGAUGUUUUGAAUGCAACGGCAGUACAGAAUUCAGCCCUAAUGACUUACUGAGGCACUUUCAGGAAACUCACCCAGGAAGCCAACCAAUCUUUCCUUGUGACAUGUGCAGUUUUAUUACACAGGAAUUCUCCCACCUUCAAGUUCACCAAUUAGGUCACAGAGACACUUUUGUCAGCUGCAACAUAUGCAAUGACAAUGUCCAGCACACUCUCUUGCAGCUCACCACACAUUUAAACACGCACCACAGCUUGAAUGGCCACUACUCUUGCGAGAAGUGCAAGUUCUCCACAAGAGAUGUAGGAGCAUUUUUGGAGCAUAUGUAUCUACAUAACAUGGUGCCGCAAGCAGGUGGCAUGGCUGAUCAUUCAAAUCCUGCUGACCAAGAUUUGCAGAGACAUUUCAUGGCCAAAACAGCACAAUUCCCCUUCAGUUGUCAGUUCUGUGACUAUAUAGCGCAUCGAAAAGAUAUCAUCACUAAGCACAUGGCCACCAUCCAUGGUAAAGCGACUAGCCAAAAAAACAAGCUGAAAAUGAAAGAGGUUGGUCCUAAAACAGUAGGUAAUUCAUCAUCAAGACUGAAGCACGUGGUGACAAGGAGUACAGUGAGGGAAAAUAACUGGAUGUCACAAGGCUGUCUUUCUCUGUCGGGGGAAGGAUUCCUGGAUAAAUAUUGCAGACUGUCAAAUCCAGAGAGGGCUUUGGAGGAGACCCAGCAAUUUUUAGAGAAGUCUGUGCCUGCUGAAGCUCUUAAGACUGUACUUUCAAAUGUACCCAAAGCCAUCACUUCCUUUUCAAACUCUGACAACUGCAUGAUAUCCAACCCUGGAUUCCCAAACACAGGCAAGGACCUCACUGUCCUCAUGCUCAAAAACAAGAUUUCAGUUCCUCCGAAAGGCACUACUGAAGCAAUUGCUUUCAAAAUGGUGGAAGGCAAAAAAGAUUUGGUUCUCAAGGUUACACCAUCAGCAAAGCAAGAGACCUCUGACACAACAAAGGCGUCAUUGUGUGUCACUGAGCAGGAAUCAGAGAAUAUUGCUUCUCAAACUAGUGCUGGGGACUCCGAUGCAAAUGGAUGCCAAUCAAAUUCAAGUAUUCCUCCAAAGACCAAGCCACCCAGUUGUCCAGGAUCAUUCUUGACACCAAAUGAUGUUGCCACUAUUUCAACCCUAAACGAGCUAGUAAAAUAUGAUCAAACUCAAGAAAAUAGAGAGAACCAGGAAACAAGGGUUGGCCAAGUGCACAGAAAUGAUGCAGAACCCAAAGAUGUGAAUCACUGUGAAGAUACGGCAGAGGAAAUCAAGAUGUCGAAGUUGCCAAAGGAGAAAAGUAAAAAAGAGCAACAAUCCUUUCCUGAAGCUCUGUGCUCUUCCAAGACUAUGGGGGACAAAAAAAGGGUGAGAAAGAAAGUGGUCGGCCCUAAAACUGUGGAGAAAAAAUCAUCACCAACAUUAAAGCUCCUCCUGAAGAAGAACCCAGUUAAGGAAAUGCAGUGGAUGCCACAAGGUGCUCUUCCCCUGUCGGGACGAGGUUUGCUGAAUGAUUACCACAGACUAGAGCACCCACAGAAAACUUUGGAGAAGACGCAGCAAUUUCUUAAAAGAGCACUGUCAGCUGAAAAUGGCAAAAAGAAACAGUCCAAAUGUCCCAAGACUGACCAGAAACAGAACUCCAAAGUGGUCACUAGGUCGUCAAAGUCAGAGGGAGGCCUAAUUCCAAACCCUGGGCAUUUCAGCCCCAGAGGUAACAACCUUAGUGCCCUCAUGGUAAAAAAUAAGAUUUUAGUUCCUCCCAAUUGCACUACAGAGGCCAUGGGUUUAAAAAUGGUGGACGGCAAAAAACAUUUGGUUCUUAAGGUUAUACCAUCAGCAAUGCAAGAGACCUCUGACAAAACAAAGGCAUCCUUACAUUCCAUUGAGACUAAGGAAGACAACACCACAUCUAAAACUUGCACUACGAGCCAGAACAGUUUAGUCGUUGUUGAUAAAAGCCAGCCAAAUUUGAAAAUCGCUCCGAGCACCUCAACAAACAGUAGCCUAGAAUAUAAUUUCGAAAAUGCGGAGCUUCCAAACACUGAUGUCAGUUCUGAAAACACAGAAGGGAUGAACAAUGGCAUGAAUUCUCAUGUCCUGGAUGGCCAAGAUUGUCCAAGGGUAGGCUUACCUCAUGUAUCUAAUGGAGCCAAAUCAGCUGGAAAUGAUUUGGGCCAGAUGACGGAGGAGAAGUUGGAGGCUGUGAACUAUAACCAGCCUAACCAGGAAGGGCUUGGAACUACAGAAGCUCAGGUCAUCAUGAUGUCUCCCUCCCCCAUACUCCAUUUCCUUACUUCCCCACAAGGUAUAACAGACUUGUCAGAGAAUCCGGUCGAAACUCCAGACAUUUGUUUUCAGGACGUUCCUCCCAAUACCAUGCUAAGAGAUGUAGGACAACAGGAGGGCUCUUACAGGAUUUGCCUCUCACCACAGACAAAUGAACAGACAGUUAAAGGAAAGAGGAAGAGCGAGCCGUCCACAGAAGACUCUCCCGAGCCCCUCUCAAAAGCCUUCAGGAAAGUUGUGGGAGAAGAAGAGGCCUCACCAGCAGCCGUGCAUCACUGGGAGCCAGGCCCUCGAGAUGUGGAGAGGACCCUGAAGCUAUUGCCAUUAAGUCCCACUCAACUCAUUACACGUCCAAGAGGAGACCAGCCUGUUGUAGUGCUAAAUCACCCAGACACAGACAUUCCCGAGGUCACAAAUAUAAUGGAAACAGUCCACAGGUACAAAGGAGAGGUCCAAAAAGUAGUGCUGUCUCGAAAAACAUUGAAGGCCCUUGCAGCCAUGGGUUGUGAUAUGUUUAGGGCAAAUGCCCCAGCGAUUGAACGUGUGUGCAGAGUGAAAGAGAGAUUCAUCUUGAAAAUGAAGCUGAAAAAGAUGAGCAGAAAGAAGUACAAAGUGGUGAACGCAAUCCCGCGCAGCACUGAGCCUUUAUUAAGAUUUAGCUGCUGGUUUUGUGGCCGAGUCUUCAGUGAUCAGGAGGUCUGGAUUGGUCAUGGCCAGCGCCAUCUGAUGGAAUCUACUAGAGAGUGGGGGAAGCUGGAAAGUGAAAAGUCAUAAAUGUCACCUACACUGGAUACAAAGUUGAGAAAGGUGCUCCUGUACAAAAGCAAUGGACAGAAAAGAUGCUAGAUGGAAAUGAUCUUAAUUUAUUAGAGAAA